GUCCUCUCGGGUGUACCCAUUGAAGUCUCGCGAGAUCCAUAAUCCGUUCCAGCUUGGCGGCAUUUCCAUCGGUCGGGGUGUUUUGGGAGCGUGUUCAAUGUUUUGAUUAGCCCGGUGCAGACCGGUCACGCCAGUGGUUCGUAAUCCGUGAGCCCUCCUCGAAACUCCGACAGUAUGGAGGCCAAAAGGCGUAAGCUCGUCAAGGAGGAGACUGAACUCGACGAGCCGGACGAGGCGGCCCGCGACAACAGCAGCAGCAACAAAGAGCCGGCGACGGACAAUGGCGUGACGGGCCUGCACGAAGCCGACGGCACUGAAGGCGCCGCCGACGCGGCACCCGUCAUUAAGGAAGAAUACGGCACCUCGUCGCCGGAGACGGACGCAACCGAGAAGGACGGCAACGACGACAGCCCCUUGUCCGGCGACGGCCAGGACAAGAAGCGUGGUUUCCGGGUGGAAAGCAAGGGGUCCCCGGGCACUGUCCUGUUCUCUGGAGGAACCAACUGGGACACUAUCGGCCGCAGGCCCAAGGACAAGCAGAAGGCGCCAGGAGCCAAGGGACACGACCGUAACCUCUGGGGCCCUCACCGGCUGAGCUGCUUGGAAGGGGUGCGGGUGAAGGCGGCCUUCUCCGGGUGCUCUGCCUGCCACACGGUCCUCAUCACCGACCAGGGACAAGCGUUCACCUGGGGGCGCAACGACAAGGGCCAGCUGGGGCAGUGCGACGUGAAGGUGAGGGAUGUGCCCACUCUUGUGGACACGCUCAAGGAAACCGUCGUGGUGAGCGCUGCCUGCGGCCGGGGCCACACCCUCUUCCUCACCGACCACGGCAGUGUCUUCAGCUGCGGCGACAACAAAAUGGGCCAGUGCGGCGUGGGCUCCCAAAACCAGUCUAUUCACGUUCCAACCAGGGUGGGUCCUCUUUUGAUGUGCCCGUCUGUCUGUGCGGGAGACGGCGUUUCUUCCGCACGACGGCAUGCCUCUGACGGAGGACUUGUUGAGCCACAGGUGGUGUUCAAAGUGCGUCCCGUGGUGCGGGUAUCCUGCGGAGGGGAGUUCAGCGUCAUGGUGGACUGCAAGGGGGCCGUCUACACCUUCGGCUGCCCCGAGUACGGACAGCUCGGUCACAACACGGAUGGGCGUUACUUUGUGACCAGCAACAAGCUGCAGUUCAAGUGUGAGCUGGUCCCCCGGCGGGUGCAGAUCUUCAUCGACAAGACCCGCGAAGGACACGUGGUGCCCGUAGACGACGUCAACAUAGUGGACGUGGCUUCGGGCCUCAACCACACGAUUGCCCUGGACCGGCGCAAGCGCUGCUUCUCGUGGGGUUUCGGAGGCUAUGGUCGCCUGGGUCACAACGAGCCCAAGGACGAGAUGGUGCCGCGCAUGAUCAAAGCCUUCGAUGGCCCCAACCGGGGCCUGCGUGUCAUCUUCGCCGGGGGAACCUUCAGCAUGGCACUCAGCGAGCUGGGGGUGCUCUACUUCUGGGGCAUGAACAACCACGGCGGGGAGGCGACCAUGUACCCGAAGCCGAUCCAGGAUCUGACCGGCUGGAACGUGCGAGACAUUGGCUGCUCCAACAAGAGCAUUGUGGUGCUGGCCGACGAGAGCACCAUCUCCUGGGGGCCACACCCGACAUAUGGCGAGCUGGGCUACGGCGAAGGCCGCCAGAAGUCGUCGACGACCCCGCAGGAGGUGCGUCUUCUCGAAGGCAUUCACAUCCACACAGUGGCAUGCGGCCUGGGACACUCCGUCUUCAUUGCUCGCGACGACACCGAGGAAGAGAGGGCCCGCAUCCGCAAGCUGCCAGAGUUUGUGCCCUAGGGUGCUCCUGGGGUGCACCCGGGUUGCCCCCGUGCCCCACCGGAGGAACCCGCCGUGCCAAUUCGCCCGCAGAGCAGCAUACUCGUUCUAGAGUGGACGUGCUCGAAGGAGCCGCAUUGGAGCGCAGGUGCAACGGUCCCGCGGCGCGGCGGACUUUUGAAGCCUCUCGCGGGAAGCAUCCGCGAAACUGCGGCCGAGGCAGCAGUGAAGGGGAGGACGGUCGUCCGCUGUCCUUGAGUGUUCUUGUGUUAGAGAUUUUUUUUCCCCACCAGGGUUAGCAGUCAAAGGUGCACAAGGGGCUUCUACCAAAUGUCGAGACGGGUCGGAGAAGAAUGUCGGCGGGAUUUCGGGCCCCUGCCCGUUAGCCAGCCGUUGUUCCAUUUUACAAUUUUUUGGCCUUUUGACUCUUGUACCAUACUCUGCUCAUAUAGUAUUCCAUGUUUGUUUGUUUCGUCUUCCGUUCAUGUUUUUUUUUUUUUUCCUCGUGUACAUGUUUGUCAUUUCUACAGGUGUACAUACAACUGCGCGUCCGCAAGCACCAUCUACGUUUUCCCCACCUUGGCUCAUUUCUGCCAGCAGCAGCCUAGUAACUUUGGUUUUACCUUUUUUUUUUAAUGCUCCUGUAUUGUAUUUUUUCCAUCUUAUUUUUACCUUUACACUCGUCCUGGCCUCGUUAUUCUACAGCUGUGCUUUCCCCCUUUUGUUCCUCGUCGAGUUGAGGAGCCUCUGUGCACAUGCCCACUGGAGGGGGAGAGAGGUCGUAACUUCGCACUUUUAGCACGGGCAAAAUUGGGGGUAAAAAAAUGAAAGCCAAAAGAAGUCUCGUUGUCGUCGGCACUAAAAAACUUGUGGGUGUGGUACCCUCCUUGUGUUGGCAGCAGCAAGGUAUCAUCCUGAGCAAUAACUGAGCGCUCUAGUUGGUUUGCGCCCGCCGUCGUUGUGCAGCCCAGAGGGCGCUCUGCCGAGCACAUCCACUCCUGCUCCUGCCGGUUGUGAAAAUGAAUCUCGAGAAGUCGACGAACCACCCAUCGUUUUUUAUUGCUUUGUUUUUAAACCCAAUCUCUUUUAUGUGCAUAGGAACCAUUUUUACCCUAGGGGUCCCUGCUGUCCACUGUCCCUGCUGUCCACUGUGUCCCUCCGAAGAAAAGUGAUUGGCUGUUUUUUCUAAAUGACCUCUUUGAUGAUCUCAGGCCGAUAAUAGGUUUAUGUUUUGAUAAUAAAAUUUGUGAAUCUUGCA